GGCAAGCUGCGAAUAGUUGUUGCCCCGCCUGUGAUCUCCAACCGAAGCGAACCCCAAAAGCGUAGUUUUGUCGAGCAGCCACCGCCCACCGCCCCGUCGGACCAUUUGCGCUACAAAAUGAGGGUUUAGUUUCUCCGGUGAACGAAUGCGAGAGAGUAGCCUUCCAACUCCUUAAACUAAAGUGGCAAACACCAGUUCCACGGGCCAAGAGAAAUGGCGAGCUGGAAUCCAACCGAAUUGGCGGAGUUUGUGCUUCGUAAUUCAACCCUAGCGGCAGCAUUUCAGGAUCCCGCAUCCGAAACCGAAAGGGUUCGAACCAGCUUUCAGUGGGGUGGAACCAUUUCAGCUUCAUUUCUGUUGGUCCUGAAUCAGAAUGGGAGGCGGCUCCCAAUGCAGACGACAUUUCUAUUGGCGUAUAUGUUCAUCAGCACCCCAGCACUUCUGUUCACAAUCCUAAGAACUCAAUUUGGAUACUGGAUAGGUUUUCUAGCUGUGGCAUCAAACCUCUUAAUCUCAUUCCCUCAACCAAUUCCAGUGUCUCGCUUGCUAAUGUUCAUCGUGACGCCUGACUGGCUGGCAAUUGCACUUCGAAAUUCCUUCUCCGGAGGUCUCAUUUGCCUUGCAAUAGGAGUUUCAGUGGUAGUAACAGAGAUUACAGCCAUUGGAGAAUCGAGAAACUGGAAUUGCAGCUUGCAUUGCCUUGGCUACUGCAUUGCUAUAGGUUUCCUCUUCUUCUUCACAGUACUAUACCUCUCCUUAGGAGCUUGGCAAUGAAUCAUAAGUUUUUGCUAAUUCUCCACUUUUCAUUUGCCUUGUAAAGCUCUUCAGUUUCUCUCACACUGCUCUUGCUGAGAAAAGGUUGAGAACUUCCCUUUGGGCCUUUGUAGUUUGGAUGUCCAUAGGAUCUUAGAAAGAGCAUAAAGAUUUUCAAGUCUGAUUUUUGAUAGUUUAUGGACCCUUUAUGGAAAUUUCUGUUCUGUUACUGUACUUGGCUCCUUUGAAAAUUUGCAUUAGGAAAAGUUCGCUACUUUGUGAUGACCAAAAGUCAAACUUGGUGGCUUUGAUUUCAACUGUUGGCCACGUCAGGGAUAGAGUAUUAUGGGCCAGGACAACCAACUUGGAAUAUUAGGUGGGUGUCGAUUGUUCUUUUUGUUUGGUUUAAGAAAUUUGCAGUCUGUUU